AAGGAGGCUUUCUCAGUUUCCUUGUCGUUCACUUCUUUUUGGUAAUUGAGUCGGGGACACAUCCACACAAACCCACACGAUACACACGCACACGGUGGGUGCUGAGAUGCAAUUCGGAAGAGAGGGGCUUCGGAUUUGCUCGUGUCACCAGAAUAUUUGCUCGUGUUGUUAUUGUUUCACCAUUGCCUCUACCUCAACGUCUGUGUCGCCUGGAGCUGCAGGCCUCCUUAUUCGUUUUCGACCGAGUUCUCUAGGGUUGGAUUCUGUGAUAACUUUCCCUCGCUCCCGUUCUCGACGCAAAAUUUGAUGAUCCUUUGGUGCGUGGAGCUUGAAAGUUGAAAGGACGGUGGUGGAGCUUUACUCUUACUGAUAAUUGUUAGAGGUGGAUAUCAUCGCUGAAUUAUUCACGUUGAUGAGUAGUUGACAUUGGCUGGCAUUCUUGAUACAUGGAAAGGAAUGGAGGCACGCCGUACUUUAUCCAUUCAAGGAGCUGGUGCAAAGCAUCUUAGUAACCUGGAAGCAUCUGGAGCUAUGUCCUCAUCGUUGCCAGUUCUUCCCAUACCCCUAGAACAGAAAUAUCCAAAAUUACCAGACUCCCAACAAGUUUCAUUGGAAAGGGAACUGACUACAAAUCCCAUGGCUCAACGUGGAUCUUCACUGGUCACCAACAGUGGAGUUGUAGGUCACAUAUUUUCAUCGGACUCUGGAUUCUCCUCAGAUCUCCAGUUCUCUUCUGUUUCACCCCAUGAAAGACAUUCCAGAAAUGCACCAUUCAUUUCUCAGUUGUCAAAUAAUGGAGCAUCUCUGCCUUUAACACCAUCUUCUCAUUCAGGACCAUUCCAAUCUAGGGCACUGAGUCAUUAUUCCAAAGAAAACAGUGAUGUUUCUUGGUGUCCAGAUCCGCUUCAGGGUUUCCUUGAUUAUCCUGAUACUAUCCCCACCCAAAAUUGUCAAAUAGAAAGUGGUGGCAGUGGUGUCAUAGCAUCUGAGGACCAUAUUAAGCGAAGUGAUUGGCAGGAAUGGGCGGAUCAACUUAUCACCGAUGAUGAUACCUUGGCUCCUAACUGGAAUGAGCUUCUUGUUGACAACAAUUCUGUGGAUCCUGAACCAAAGACAGUAUACCAGGUGCCUACACAGUCUUCAAAUUCUUCAGUGCCCCAGCCCCAAGUUCAACAGCAGCUUUCUAUUCCUUCUGGAGAACUUUGCUCAGUUGGUAGUCCCCCUUCCUCUGUCAGUGGUGCCCCAACCAAGCCACGUAUGCGUUGGACACCCGAACUGCAUGAACGUUUUGUAGAAGCUGUUAGUCAGCUUGGUGGCGGUGAAAGAGCUACUCCCAAGGGUGUGCUAAAGCUCAUGAAAGUGGAAGGGUUAACCAUCUACCAUGUGAAAAGCCAUCUGCAGAAGUACAGAACAGCUAGGUAUAGACCAGACUCAUCAGAAGGCACAUCAGAGAAAAAAACAAAUCCGAUCGAGGAAAUGUCUCUAGACUUGAAAACGGGUAUUGAGAUUACUGAGGCAUUGCGACUACAAAUGGAAGUUCAGAAGCGAUUGCAUGAACAACUUGAGAUCCAAAGAAAUCUACAGCUGCGUAUAGAAGAACAAGGCAGGUAUCUACAGAUGAUGUUUGAGAAGCAAUAUAAAACCAGCAGUGAGAAGCUCAAGGUCUCUUCACCCACUUCGGGUGAUCCUGCUGCAUCCUCAUCAGAUGCCAUGUUGCAUUCCCCUGCCAAAAAUGAAGCAGAAACCUCAGAAAACAAUUGUGCCAAAACAGCAAUUGAUGCCAGUGCAACCUUGAAUGAGAGUUCCCAGAAGUCAGGUGGGAAACAAGAGACACCUGAAACCAGAACCACUGAAGGUCUGGAUCCAGCUGCUGUUGACCAGUCUAGUUCCACUUCCCACCCACAAAGCAUGCAAGAGUGAAUGACACGAGUAUGUCAUCUGCUGAAUCUCCAUCUGAGUGACAAGCCUAUAUUGUUGACAUUGCUGACUUGCUGUUUGUUAAGGCAUGAUGAGCAUAUCAGGAUCUCUAAAGAGUAAACUGUGCUGAUGGACACUGGGCAUUGGAACUUGAGCUACCAUCGUUUCCAACUUUUGAGUAAGUAGACAUGGGCAAUAGCAUGUGCUUUAUUUUGGUCAAUAAAAGCUAGAACAUUAGUUGUGAUUGAUAUGUUUAUCAACUUCCUGAUUCAUGCUCUUUAUGGUACACUGAGACCUGGUAUUGAAAGACGGAUGCAUUGUAUAUGCACACGAAGAGAAGUAUUACUGUAAGAAAUCCUAUGUCCUCAAAAUGUUACAAGCUUGUAGUAAUCUAGUGGGGGGAUAUGAUUUUAUUACUAAAGCUAAUCCAUGACCACUAGUGUCUACAGAGUUGUUUCCUUUCAGCACUUAAAGGCAAUAACCUUUUGUUUUGUCUUUAGUCUAUUUUAUGUAGGAAUAACCUGCUAUGAAGCAUGAGAAGUGGGAUACACCUUUCAGCUCUCUUUACUCCAA